GACAAGCGUAGAAAAAGUUUUCAUCAACAGCCGCCAUUUUGCGCUGGAGAGACUGUGAAGUAUUUCGGAAUUUGUCGUGUAAAUUUUCAGUUUUUUCUUACAUCAUUUAAUCAUAAACAGUACCAUUCCGUAUAUUUUAAAGUGUUAAGUGAAUUUGUGUAAAUCAACAAUUAAAAUAAGUUACCUAAAGUAGCAAAAAUCUGGUGAUAUUGUUUUCAUUUAUUGUGCUAGUUCCGUCGGAAGAUGGUGAGAGGGUUUAUGUAGCUCGUCGAUUCGUAGCUUUGUAAUGGCGAAUACUUAGUGAGAAAUUUUAAUAUGUGCCUUCGAUGGUGGGAAGGACAUCGAACGAUCGGGAUGUGGGUGAAUUACAUUAUAAUGGAUGAUAAAUCACUAUAAAAUGUUUAAAAUUAAAAAUAUAAGACAGAAAAGUGUUAUUUGAAUCGGCGGGCCGAAAUAUUCACGACGGCUUACGUUUAGUAAACAGAGCCAUGGCCGAUCAUCAUGUGGAUGAGCCGCCUAAUAAGCGGGCUAAAAUGAUCCGGGACCCUUUCCAGGGUCCCUCAGCUACCACGGAUUUCUCCAAUGUCGACAUGUUUGACUUGGAGAAAGAUUUGCCCGACGAGCUGAUGAGCUCGUGGGGCGAACAGCCGGGUAUCACGGGGCCGAAGCCCCCGGCCCAAGGUCCUGGCCCGGGGGGACAAAUGGCCCAGCAACUUAACGGGGACGACCCCACAGCAGCUAUGCAGCGACAGAUCAACAAUCACCUUUUACAAGCAAACAAGAGUGGCUUGGUCGGCCACAACAAUCCGUUAGGGUUAAGCAGCUUAGGCAGUAAGAGUCCUAACCUCCAGUCGCCGCCGAACGUGUCCGUCUCCAAGGACAUGAUGGGCGGCAUGCACCAGCAGCUGAUCACCAACACCAGCCAUCCCAGCCAGCUACACUCCUCUAUGCCCAUGAGUUCUAUACAGGCAGGGAUGAAUGUCACCAAUGUCGGUGGCAACAUGGUGGUGACGAACAGCAACAUGAGUGGUGCGAACAUGCUCAGCGGUGGCAUCAUCAACAAUGUAAAUAAGCAAUUGCCAACGCUGAUGGGCAACAAUCAUCAUGCAACACAACAGCAACACCCUCAUGCGCAAGCGAUGCAGAACGGCCCUCUCAGCGGGCGAGUGGGCGUGGGCGGCGUCGGCGUGGGCGUGGGCAUGCAGGCUCCGAUGCGCACGGGGCUAGCGCAUGGGCACGCGGCGCACCAUGCGGCGCACGGCCACGCGCACGGCCACCGCAUGAGCGCGCCCGGCGGCGGCGGCCAUCCGCUCGCGCCGUACCACCCCGUGUACGGCCAGUCCGCGGCCGGCGGGGGGGCGGCGCAGCGCGCGGCGGGCGUGCGCUUCGGUCCGCCGCCCGAGACGGGGGGCGGGGCCGCGCAGGCGGUACCCCCCGCCCCGUCCCCGCAGACACCCGGCGCGCCGGCCGGCGGACAGUCCCAACCUCAGGCGGCCACGCAGGCGGCGACGGCGCAGCCCCCGCAGCAGCCCAACUCGGGCUCCAUCGCGGACCCCGAGAAGCGGAAGCUGAUCCAGCAGCAGCUAGUGUUAUUGCUGCACGCGCACAAGUGCCAGCGCCGCGAGUCCCAGUCCAACGGCGACACGUGGCAGUGCACGCUGCCACACUGCAAGACCAUGAAAGGCGUACUGAACCAUAUGAUGUCGUGUCAGGCGGGUAAAAACUGUGUCGUACCUCAUUGCUCCUCAUCUAGACAAAUCAUCAACCAUUGGAAGCACUGUAACAAGAAUGACUGUCCAGUCUGUCUACCGCUGAAACAGGCAGAUCGGACUAGAACUAACACAAUGAAUGCGGCGGCGGCAGCGGCGGUGUCGCACGCCAGUACGGGCGCGGUUGCGGGCGCGGCGCCGGCCAACGUACCGCCCGCGCCACAACCUAACACCCUACCCCCUGUCAACCCGCUGCAAGCCGGCGUAGCGACGACAGCGCCACCGUCUAAUGCGGGCGUGGUGGGCGGCGGCGUGGGCGUGGGCGGCGUGGGCGCGGUUGGCGGUGGCGUGGGUGGAGUGGGCGGAGUGGGUGCGGCGGGCGCGGGC